AUGAGUGAAGGCAAUAAUCAGGGAUUUAUAUAUUGUGUAUCAGGAAAGUGCACCGACCUAGGAUUAUGUUUGGAGUAAGUUGCCCUUUCAACAGCCUCUAUUUAGGAACGGCUUGCUCUUUGUUGUUAAUGACAUUAUGUAUACACCAAAUUACAGUACGAGUAAUUGAAUAGAGAAGACUUUACAAAAGAAAGCAACUAUUGUUUUUGAUAAUUUUACUUGCAGAUACAUGUAAGGGUAUUUUUAGGAUAGAAUGAA